AUGUCGUCCACGACGGCUCCGGAUCAACCGGACCUGUUAUUUUUUGAUACAUUUUCGCACGAUACUAGUGAGGAACUGAAUUUGGACUUGGUACAAUUUCCAAAAUCUGUAUACGUAAGGGAGAUUCGGAUCAUCCCCCUUGGUGCCAGGGUCGAAGGUGACUUCCCAGGUGGUGUACGCCUUGGUGCUACAAACCCAACUAAGUUCCAUAUUGACUUCUUCGUAAAUGAUCUUAGUAAGCCCGGUGCCUCAACAUUUGAAGCAUUGGGAAGUUUGGACUAUUGCCAAAAUGGACAGAUACACAUGGAGUGUGGCUCAUCUUUGGAUCAACCUCGAAUACCGACGGAUGGCCUUGUGCUUAGAGGAUGGUACACUACAAUCACAUUGGCGGUUUAUGGCAACUUGACGCAAGUGUUGACCGAAACGCCAGUCGGUGCCAAUCCACCCGCAAGUGUGCAACGCCAGCCCGUGACCCGCGAUGUUGCGACCGUUGCGCCGACCGUGCCGCAGCCGGCGGAUUGGAACCAGGACGCUUCCAACCCCAUACCCUCGUACACGGGCAACGUGGCCACCGCGAAUCCCGACGCCUACGGUGCCACCGCCUAUCCAGAAAACUACGACAGUCAGAUGUAUCGAAGCGAUUAUUACGAGAACGAACCCCCCAAGGACCCGAGGACGUAUCACCACUUGGACGACACCGACUGGGAGAAGGAUCGCAGGGAUUUGAGCUGCGAAAGAGAUGGCGACAGAAUGCGCCACAGCCCGCGUCCUAUGGAGCACGAAAGAGAUCGUAGGAGUCGCAGACGGUCCUCGGACAGAGGGAGAAGCCGCGACUCGUCGCGCCACAGAGACCGCAGCCGAGACCUGGCCAGAAUGGACCGCCUGCGUUCAAGGACCAGGAGCAGGGAUAGGGACUAUAUCGUGAAAGGGGAGUACAGGCAGUUGAGCCGCUCAAGGUCGCACAGCCUCGACAGGGACAGGCUGCGGGGCCUGUCCAGCGACCGCGACUGGGACAGGGGCUCGUACAAGAAGGACGACUACCGCCGCCAUCGCGACAUCUCCUACGACCGAUCCCGCGGCGGCUCCUACGAACCGCGCUCGCCCUACGACAAACGAGCCCCUUCGUACGAGCGCAAAGCGCCAUACGACAAGUGCGGCCCGUCGUACGACAAGCGCCUGUCGCCGUACGACAAGCGCAGCUCGUCCUACGAGCGACGAGCGCCCUCCUACGAGAAGCAGUCCUCGUACGAGCGCAAGAGGCACUCUCCGUACGGCCGAGUGCGGGGCUCGAGCUACGGCAGCCGCUCGCCGAGCCGCGACGAGGCCAGGAAGCGGCCCCGCACGCCGCCCGGCGAGGCGCUGCGGCGGCCCCUCUCGCCCCGCGACCCCGCCGCCGCCAGCCCCCCCGGCCCCCCCGGCCCCCUCGGCCCCGCGCGCCCCGAAGAGCCCCCAGAGUACGACAGGAGCGGGAAGCAGAUCCCCCGCAUCGACUUCUACCACCAGAGCUACCGCCACAAGAGCUCCAUCCGCAGCCCCUCGCAGGAGGUGGACAGCACCUACGCGGAGCCCCAACACUCGAGCCUGGUCACCGUCCAGAUAGUGGACAGCGCGGCCGCCAAAGCGAUGGAGUCGCCGGGCCGCGCCCAGGAGGACGACCGCUCUAUGGACGUGGAGCAAUUCGAGCCCAUACUCUCAGACGAAGACAUAUGCGACGACUUGGAUGGGCCUCCCUACAUGGAGGUAGAGUACGACGUCAACGAGUACUGCGGUGUGGACGAUAUCAUCAAAUAUUACAAUCCGUUCAAGGCCGAGUGGGAGAGAUACGAGUAUGUCAAUAAAGUACAUCUCCUGUCCGGCGGCAAGGUACAAAGCGCGAAGCACGUUCUAAACGCAAGCUUCCAGGAGCUAUGCGAGGCCAGCGCGGACCUAUUCAAGAUAUCUGAAAUAACAAAACUAGCGAAUAAGCGUGAGCAGAAAUUUGAUCCCGCCACGUUCGCAGAGAUCGAUAACUCUUCCAGGGAAGAUUGGGUGCAUCAGUGCGAGCAGUUGUUCGUGUCGCUGACGAACGUCUGUAGGAACUCGGACAUUAUCCUGCGGAUAUUUCGGCGCCGCGAACAAACGGACCCCGUCGACGAGUUCGCGGAUAUUUGCAAUUUGCUCCUUACGUUCACCAAAAUCGGAUUGAACUUCGACUUCGCCUUGGCCCAACAGCAGCCCACCUACAAGAUAAGGCACAUGAAAUGCGGCAUUCGUCUGACAGAAGCGCUGAUGUCCCAUGGCCAUAACAGCCACGUGAUGGAAGUGUUGCUGAAGGACGGCAUGAACGUGCCCAUGUUGCUGAUGGAGAUGUAUUCAAAGGAGUACAUGGCCUUGAGCAUACGUCUCAUGAUACUCAGAUCGCUUAACGCCUGUCUCUCCUCAAAAAUAGCCAUUGAAAGUUUCAUGAAAGAGACAUUGUUCCCGAAGUUCGACAAAAACGAAAGCGACGCAGCGAGGAAACCGAUGAACGGCUACCAAGCACUGAUUGCCAUAAUGCAGACCAAUCCCCUAGCGAGAAUAAAAUUUUCGCUGAGCUCAUUAUUAAAGAAGUUGAACAUUUACGAGGUAUUGGGCAAGCUUCACGAUUUGGUGUUAAUUUUCAAUAAAACAGCAAUGGAAAGUAAGCAAAGCCACCCUGAACGCGAAUUCUCUGAAGCUGAUAUAGAGUUCGUCAUUAAUGCCUUCGAAGAAGUGUUAUACAUGUACCGCUCGCAAUGUUUCCACAUGUCUCAACCGAAGCGUUUCCUUCCGGUAUCCGCGCAGUUCGAGAUCAAUAGGGAAUGCUCCAAUCAAAUACUCUUGGAGUUUUUCAACAUCCAUCAGACCCUCGAAGUGUGCCUCUACUUGCUGACAUGCCCGUCCACCUGCAACAACUUGGUGAUAACCAGUCCGAUCCACGAUCUCAUGUGCGAAUUAGUCCAUUCGCCGAACGGUCUCAAAUUCCUGUAUCGGAAUAUGGAAAUGAGUGAACUCCUAUUUAAGACGUUGACGCAACCGUACGGCCAACAGAACACUGAUGAUAUGUUCCCCCACGAUUUGAGUAACUACGGGGACCUGCAAAUUUUGGGGCUGGAGCUGGCGUACAGGCUUAAAGCGAUGUACUAUCUGAAGUCUAUAUGCGACCUGCAGGCGGGAAAGGCAGACGAGAAUGAGCUGAUCGACAGACUGCAGUCGCUGUACUGCCUCAGUUUCGGCAACAUCGGGAAGACUUCUGUGCCCGAUGUUAUAGUGAUGGACGAUAAUGCCGAUUGCCUGAUGGAGGUUUUCGAAAGCGACUUGAAGAAUAAGAACAAAAUCGACUCGCCCUCCAAGCAGAAGUCGCCGGCCAAGGGCUACGCGAUCGAACUCAUCGUGUCCGCAGUGAGGUUCUCAGCGGACGUUCCGUUCCUGAAGAAAUACGCCCAGAGGUUGAUGAACGUGGCGCGGGAACACGAGAAGUUCGAGCCGAGCGUGUCGAGCGUGCUGCAGGAAGUGAUAGCGUACCUCAAGCCCGCCGAGAAGAUGAACCUUUUCAACGGCGACGACAUGGCGGACUGCGUCGAGGUUUUGAAGGCGAGCGCCGAGUACUCGCCCGACCUGCCCGGCGAGCUGACCACAUGCCUCAGGGUCCUUCGCCAUUUCUGCAUAUCCGACUACGAGCGGAGCGUUUCGGUCGUCUCCGAGUCAGCGACGGAGGAAUACGUCGAGCUCAAGUACAAGUACAACGUGCUGCAGCUGUUCUCGCUCGACGGCGUGGCCCAUCUGGCCGGUAUUCUAGAGCGUCUGGCCACGCACUUCGAACAGCCGAGCAUGCACACGGCGUUCUUCGCGUCGGUCAAGGGACUGCAGUUGGCCCAGAUAUUGCUCCCGUGUCUACGGCUCUUGGACGAGAUGCUGGCCAGGGUGGUACGCUGCCGCGGUCCCAGGUUCCGCGACCUGACAGCCGCGCCCAUUCUGCUGAAGACCUACGGCAUGGUGAAGGCCUACCCGGCCGGUUCCGUAGGGUUCAGGACCGCCGCUCGAGCGGCUGAAGCGGCCGUGAAGGCGCUGCUCGCUUACGCCCAACCGAUAGCCGACGACGCGAACGACGGGGACUCCAUCCGCCGGGGGCCGUGGACGUCUCUGUGCUCCGAAGUCAUACAGUACACCAUGACGGCCCCCUACACCUUCGUGCCGGGCCUGCUAGUGUUCUCGGAGCUGUUGCCGCUACCGUUGCCGAUGCAAACGAAGACGGCACCCACGGAGAGGGAGCUGGAGGACGCGUCCAACGAGCGGAGGCUGUGGUCGGCCCAUUUGCACGCGCUGACGAGCGACCUGACCGACAUGAUCCAGAUAAUAUGCAUGUCCACGUACAGGCCGGUGGUGCACAUGCUGCGGCGGGUGUGCGUGCAGAUCGCCGAUCUGGCGCCGAACACCGCGGCGACGGUCGCCCGCGCGGCGGUCGGGGCGGUCCUGAAGGAGUCGAAGGCGGGCGAGCCGGCCACGGCCAGCUCCGCGCGGGUGCUAGGGUUCCUGGCCUGUCUGGUGUCCCACGCGCCGGUCAAGUGCGCGGUGCUGCACACGAUGAACAGCGGCGGGCCCAGGGCGGGCGACGUGCAGGCCGCCCUGUGCGCGGUGUUGGCCACCCCUGGCGCCUCGAGCGAGCACGCCGCCGCGCAGGAGUUCGCGGCGCACGCGCUGGCCGCGUUCUGCGACGCGGAGGUGACGCUGGCGCCGGCCAGCGCGCCGGCCGACGCCUUGUUGGCCAACUCCAUCCCCAACAGGGAGGCGCUGAACGCGUUCCUGGAAGCCACCGCCGCCUGCCUGGACUCCGCCACGAAGACGUGCGCCGUGGCGGCGGCGGUGCUGCGCGCCUACUUCGUGCUGACGGAGCACGAGCACGGCUUCCAGCUGUUCAGGCGGUUCGUGGCGAGGAGGCGCGACUGCCUCGGCCGCCUCUUCAGGUGGGCGCUGGACGGACUGCGCGAGGAUAGGGCCGAGUGCCUCAACCUGUACGUGGACCUGGUCCGCAUCCUGAGGGUCGAGGAGGGCGAGGGGCCCGUGGGCAGGAGGAGCGUGCUGUCGGUGGCCGAGGUGGCCGACAUGGUGGGCUACUCGGAGGCCGAGCCGAAUCACCCGGCUUUCACACUGGAGCAGAUGCUGAAGGAGCGCAACGCGGAAGAGGAAGCGGUGUCGAACGCGGGCUUCCUGGCGUCGCAGCUGCGGAAGGGGCGCGGGGCGGGCGAGGGGGCGGGGGCGGGGGUAGCGGGUGUAGAGGCGGAGGGCGCCGCCCUGCCGCCGCCGCAGACGCUCGUAGCGCAGUUCGUAGCGCGGACCGCCUACGUCGUAGGCGACGCCAGCGACGAGCGCCUCUCCAGCAGCUACUGGCUGAACGUGCCCGCAGCAGGGGGCGAGGACGACGUCAAUGACAGCGAGCUGGUGGCGUGCGACGUGGUGGAGGUGGCGAGCGAGCACCUGGGCGGCGCCGAGCUGCUGGCCGCGGGCGUGCGGCGGCUGGCGGGCGUGCUGGACGCCAGGGCCGACGCGCUGCCGCCGGACAAGAGGCCCGCAGUGGCGCUGAGCCGCGUGCGCGCGGAGGGCGGGGCUGACGCGUUCCGCUCCCGCCCGCCCAACACCUCGCGCCCGCCCUCGCUGCACGUCGACGACUUCACCGCCCUGCACCAGCCCUACGCGCUCAGAGGGGGAAGGCGCACCGGCGGAGGCACAGACCGCGGCCGCUUCGCCAGCGCGGCGCCUCCGCACGCGCACGCGCACUACCGCCAGCUGCGCGGCCGCGGCGCGUGGGAGCCGGCGCAGCACUUCGGCCACUUCGCGCCCGCGCACUACGCCAUGGGUGAGAUACCCCAC